AUGGGGUCGGAUUUAGAUACCAAUUAUGGGAUGAAAGAUCUCCAACAUUCGCUGCGCAACGCGACCCUUGAACUCAACCUCGAGCGAAGUAAACAUUCCGUCGAGGUCGUUGCCAAGGACGAGGAAAUUAGGAAACUGCGAGUCAGCCAGUGCCUCCUGCAAGACGACAAUAGCGACCUCCACGAACAGCUCGAAGAGGAACAAGCUCGCUCAGACGAGCUAGAGAGCGCGCUAGAGGAAGCACUCACUCAGCUCGACGAACAAAAAGCCGAGGGCGAAGCAGCUCAGAACCAGAUCCGCACACAGGCGCGUGAAAUCGCGAACCUUAGGGCCGAGCUGAAGGCUAUGGAGAACGUCACCUCUGACUCGAACAAGAUCCUCUCUGACAAGCUCGCUCUUUCCCGCGAAAUUUCAUCAUUACGCCCAGAAGUCGAACACCUACGCGCCCAAGUUGAAUCCAAUCAAGGCCUGCUCACCGAGAAGCUUGCGUUACAACGCCAAUUGACUACACUACAAGUGGAGCUAGAGAACGAGAAGCGAUCCGCCGCUCGCAUAGUAGCAAAACAAGGAAAGAAAAUGGAGCAGGACGAAGAGAUCCGCAACGAACUCGAGGAAGUGCGCAAGGCGCUAGCACAGGAGAAGAAGGACCGCAUGAAGGCUGAAGCGGGACUCACAACGGCAGAGAAGGCUGUGGAAAAAGUGCAGGCGGACCUAGAAUCACAACAGCAUGCAACGGAACGUCUGCAAUCGAAGGUCGAGAAGAUGUCGAAGAAGGAAGCUGACAAGGCGGCCAAGCGCGAGGAGGCAUUAGAAGAACUUCGUGAAGAACUGGCGUUGGAGAAGGCCGCUCGCCUAGCAGCAGAGAAGGCAAGCAAGGACACCAGCAGCCGGGAUGCGGAGCUCGACCAGCUCCGUGAAGAGUUCGAGCAGGAGAAACUCCGGCGUCAAAAAGCAGAGAAGGCAAAUAAGAACUCCAGCAGCCGAGAUGCGGACAUCGAUCAACUUCGUGAAGAGUUUGAGCAAGAGAAGCUCCAGCGCCAGAAGGCAGAGAAGGCUUUGAAGAAGAGUACACCGCAGAGCGAUUCUCAAACGGAAGCUAUUGGGAAAGAGCUGGAACAAGAAAAGCGCGAGCGAAAGCUGCUGGAGAAGGAGUACACCAAGACUUUAGCUGAGCUGCAGGGCCGCAACACGGUCCUCGACGACAAGCUCACUGCCUUCCGCGAGAAGUUGCGGUCCACAAAGGAGAAACUCAAGGCGAAGGAAGCAGAGCUUGAGAAGGCAGAUAGGGCACAGAACGCACCACCUACAAAAGCUGCAUUUGCUAACAGUACGAAGCCUGCAGCAAAGAAUGCUCGGAAGCGCACGGCUAUUACUGCAGAACCAGAGACCAAUCUAGGCACGCCAGGUGACGGCUUCCCUGCAAAGAAGACGAAGCGUGGCCAUUCUGUUUCCGCAGUCGGAGAUACAUCUACUUUCUCCCUGACGCCAUUCCUAAACCGCACUACUAUUAUUGCACCUGGUAGUCCUAUUGCCGAAGAGGAGGAGGAGGAGGAGGAGGAAGAGGAAGAAGCAGUUGAGCACGCACCCACUCCUACCGCCCUUCCCAAGAAAGCUCCCAAGAAGACUGCUCAGUCCAAGGUGAAACCGCUGGCUCCAGCGGCGUCAAAUAAGGCCAACGCGAAGCCUCGCAAGAAAGCUGCUGCUGCGGUUCUGGAGAUCGUCAAUGAAGAGGCCUCCGAACUCUCAAGCAACGUUUCCAAGGACAACUCGGAAAACGCCCCCGUUGCCAUCCCGCUUAAAGAUGUCGACGACGGUGCCUCCACAAAGUCCAAACCCAGCGUGCCCAAGUUGAAGCCUCGUAAGUCGCUCAUGUCCUUCGCCGCGUUUGCCGAAGAACCUGCUGCCGAGAAGAAAAAGAAGCGCAAGCUUGGUGCUACCACGGGUAAGACGCUGUUCGAUGCUGAGGAUGCCGAAGAUGCUGCACCUUUGAAGCCCGUUGGCAGCAGUAAGGGGCUUUUUGCAGCGAGGGCACUGGGGAAGAAUGCUCUGGGCAAGGGGGCAUUGGGGCAGCAGAGGCCAAUCUCGGGUGGGUUUGGUAUGUUGAGUGAGGAAGCUUUCUCGUUCUCUCCGUUGAAGAAGGAUAGGAGACAGGCUAGCAUACUGAAGUAG